AUGGCAAGCAAACGACCAAACUUCCUGGUCAUCGUCGCCGAUGACCUCGGUUUCUCUGAUAUCAGCCCCUAUGGCGGAGAGAUCAACACGCCCGUGUUGAAGAAAUUAUCGAAGGACGGCAUUCGCAUGACCAACUUUCACACGGCAUCAGCAUGUUCUCCCACUCGCUCAAUGCUGUUCUCUGGAACCGACAAUCACAUCGCAGGACUCGGCCGAAUGAUGGAGCACAUGCGGCAUUUCGGUGACUACUUCAAGGACAAGCCCGGUUAUGAGGGGUACCUGAAUUGGAGAGUGGCAGCUCUGUCCGAGAUUCUUCAGGACAAUGGUUAUCACACGAUUAUGUCUGGAAAAUGGCAUCUCGGCUUGUCCAAAGAACUCGCUCCAUGUAGCCGCGGGUUUACCAAGAGCUUUUCCUUCUUGCCCGGAUCUGGGAACCACCACGCAUAUGAGCCUCAGCUUGACGAUGACGAGUUUAAGAUUCCAUGUCUCAACACCGAAGGCCACUGGAUGGACGGUGACAAGUUCAUUAACCACAGAACGGACCUCCCUAAGGACGUUUACUCGACAAGGUAUUUCACCGACCGCAUGAUCAAGUUCCUGGAAGAGAUGAAUGAAAAGGAGAAAGACGAGCCUUUUGCCUACCUCCCGUUCACUGCCCCUCAUUGGCCCCUCCAAGCUCCUCGUGAGGUUGUCGAGAAGUAUGCUGGAAAGUACGAUGAUGGACCAGAUGCUCUGACCCAACAUCGUUUGCAACGGCUCGUAGAGUUAGGCCUUGUGGACAAGGGCAUCGAACCCGCGCCCCCUACCGGCGUUUUGGGCAAGGAUUGGAAGGACUUGUCGGACCUUGAGCGCAAGGAGUCAGCAAGGAAAAUGGAAUUAUUUGCUGCGAUGGUGGAGCUGAUCGAUGAGAAUAUCGGCCGCGUGAUUGACCACCUCGAGUCCACUGGCGAACUCGACACGUUCGUGCUCUUCAUGUCUGAUAACGGAGCUGAAGGAGUGGCGCUGGAAGCAAUUCCCAUGAUGAGCGGAGAAACAACUUUUGCCGGCGUGAUUCAAAAGUACUACGACAACAGCCUUAAUAACAUCGGGGAGAAAUCAUCCUUCGCUUGGUACGGAGCUCGAUGGGCUUGCGCAGCGACCGCGCUAUCUAGAGGAUCCAAGUGCUGGAUUACCGAGGGCGGCAUUCGAUGCCCAUGUCUCAUCAGAUACCCCCCUUUCCAAGCUAAGGACGAAGCCAUCACCCAUCGUUUCACGACAGUCAUGGACAUUCUCCCUACCAUCCUAGAAAUGGCUCAAGUGCAGCAUCCCGGAACCUCGUUCAGGGGCCGCGAAGUCGUCAUACCCCGUGGCAAGUCCUGGGUGUCCCAACUGUCCUCCCCAGACUACGCUGCAGCCGACUCGACAGUGCACGGAGAGGAUGUUCAUGUUCACGGUUGGGAGCUUUUCGGUCUCAGAGCCAUUCGCGAGGGCAAGCGGAAGGCAGUUUGGCUCAACAAGCCCAGGGGAAAGGACGAUUGGGAGCUGUAUGACGUCGAGAAGGACCCGGCCGAGAUGAACGAUGUGUCAGACAAAGAGCCCGAGGUGAUGCGACGGCUUGUCAAUCACUGGGAGAGGUACUAUGCGGAGACAGGGAUGACCCAGACACCAGAGUUCCCCAUCACUAAGGCUUAG